AUGGKAGCUCUGAAUGUAGAAAAAGUUUUGGCCAACCAUUUUUUGCUGGACUUUUUCAUUAUUUGUCAAAUGGUGUGUGACAAUGCAAAAGGACUCAAAGCCUUCUAUGAUGCAAUAAAAUAUGGACCUAAUCAUCUGAUGGUUUUUGGUGGUGUAUGUGCAACAGUUACUUCUAUCAUUGCUGAAUCUCUAAAGGGAUGGAAUUUGGUUCAGCUUUCAUUUGCGGCAACAACUCCCGAGUUGGCUGAUAAGAAAAAAUAUCCUUAUUUCUUCCGGACRGUGCCAUCUGAUAAUGCAGUGAAUCCAGCAAUUUUGAAGUUACUCAAGCAUUAUCAUUGGAAGAGAGUAGGAACUUUAACCCAGGAUGUACAAAGGUUCUCUGAGGUGAGGAAUGAUCUGACUGGAGUCCUUUAUGGCGAAGACAUCGAGAUUUCAGACACUGAGAGUUUCUCCAAUGAUCCCUGCACAAGUGUAAAGAAGCUUAAGGGUAAUGAUGUUCGGAUAAUCCUUGGCCAGUUUGAUGAGGAAAUGGCUGUGAAAGUUUUCUGCUGUGCCUAUGAUGAAGAAAUGUAUGGCAGCAAAUAUCAGUGGAUUAUUCCAGGGUGGUAUGAAAAUCUUUGGUGGGAAUCCUGGAUUAACUCCUCCCAAUGUCUCAGCAAAAAUCUUCUCGCAGCCAUGGAAGGUUAUAUUGGAGUGGAUUUUGAGCCUCUCAGCUCAAAAACAAAUAAGACUAUAUCAGGAAGGACUCCACAGCAGUAUGAGAAGGAAUACAAUGCUAAACGUGGUGAUGGACAAUCCAGCAAAUUUCAUGGUUAUGCCUAUGAUGGAAUAUGGGUGAUUGCCAGGACCCUACAGCGGGCAAUGAAUUAUCUGAAUUCCACCAACAAGCACCAAAAAAUUGAAGAUUUUAACUACACUAAUCACAAACUUGGCAAAAUUUUUCUGAACGCUAUGAAUGAAACCAGGUUCUUUGGAGUAACGGGUGAAGUUGUUUUCAGAAAUGGAGAGAGGAUGGGAACCAUCAAAUUUACACAAUUCCAAGAACAAAAGGAAGUAAAGGUGGGAGAAUACAAUGCUGUGGAUGACAAAUUGGUAAUAAUCAACAACAGCAUCAGGUUCCAAGGACUUGAGCCUCCGAAGGACAAAACAAUUAUACAGGAGGAGCUGCGCAAAAUCUCCCUGCCUCUCUACAGCAUCCUCUCUGCCCUCACAAUCCUAGGAAUGAUAAUGGCCAGUGCUUUCUUGUUCUUUAACAUCAAAAACAGAAAUCAGAAACUAAUAAAGAUGUCCAGUCCCUACAUGAACAACCUUAUUAUCCUUGGAGGGAUGCUUUCUUAUGCAUCUAUUUUUCUUUUUGGUCUUGAUGGAUCCUUUGUCUCCGAAAAGACAUUUGAGACACUUUGCACAGUCCGAACAUGGAUUCUUACAGUGGGAUACACAACUGCAUUUGGAGCAAUGUUUGCAAAAACAUGGAGAGUCCAUGCCAUUUUCAAAAAUGUAAAAAUGAAGAAGAAGAUCAUUAAAGACCAGAAGCUACUGGGGAUAGUUGGAGGGAUGCUACUGAUUGAUCUUUGCAUCCUGAUUUGCUGGCAGGUUGUGGAUCCUUUGAGGAGGACAGUGGAAAAAUAUAACAUGGAGGUUGCUGAAGUGUAA